UAAAUUCCAUCGUAACGAUGUAUACAAAAAAUUAGGCGUUUAGUGUGCUUAGAACAUGUGUUUGUCCAGAUUUGACUUGAUCCAAUUUCGAACUUGGCAUUGGUAUUGUCAAGAUAAAUAUUUAAUAAAGUUAAGUCAAUAUUGAAUCAUACAUUCGGCCUCUAUAGUCCAAGUUUUUGAAGGAUUUUACCAUGUGACUCAUUUUGGCUUACUUAACUUUAAGAUUGAACUUUGUUAAGUCUUAAUAUAAACAUUCUUAUCAUUCUGAGCCUGUUUUAUUACGAUAGACAGAUUAAUGUGGGUCAAUAACUGGCUACAAAAUAUCUUCAAAUUUUACAUGGUGACCUUGUUUUUAACCGAACUUUUACCAAAUUCGGACCUGAUUUAGAUGUAGAUAAUAUUCUGACUAAGUUAUAAACGCGAGUAUUUUUUUCGGGUAAUCAAAAUAAAGCAUGUAUUUUAAUAAUUGUAUCGUUGUAUAGACAUAUGAAGGAAGAUUUGACAAAUAUUUCUGAAAGUCAAGUAGCAGGAUUGAAAGCAGACGACAUUCACUGGGUUUUGACUGUGCCUGCUAUCUGGAAUGAUUCAGCAAAACAUUUUAUGAGACUUGCCGCCGAACAGGCUGGAAUUGCAUCGGACAAACUUUCCCUUGCAUUAGAACCAGAGGCAGCCUCUCUUUACUGCAGACACCUGCGCGUGCAGAGAGAAGGGGGAUCAAGUAUUUCGACCUUGCGAGUUGGAAAGAAAUAUUUGGUUUUAGAUGCGGGAGGUGGAACAAUUGAUAUAACGGUCCACGAGGUUUGCGCAGGGGGAAACCUCAAAGAGGUCCACAAGGCUAGUGGCGGUGACUGGGGAGGAACAAAGGUAGAUGCAGAGUUUAUGGACUUUCUGGGAGAGCUUACAGAUACAUCAGUUAUGCAGAUAUUCAAAGAAGACCAUAUGGAAGAUUACAUUGAACUUCUUCGUGACUUUGAAAUCAAAAAGAGAGCCGUAGAUACCACAAAUGGUGGUAAAAUUACAAUUAAAGUACCAGUAUCCUUUCUUGAAUGCGUGCAAGAUACUACGGGACAGUCAAUGAAGAACAAACUACAAACAACAGGUUACGGAAAAAGGAUAACCAUGGCCGGUGAUAAGCUUCGCUUGGAUGCAGAUAUCAUGUCUUCCUUCUUUACCACAUCUUUAUUGAAUAUUGUGGAGCAUUUGUCUGAUUUGCUUCAAAAACCGGAAUGUAAAGGCGUGGAAGCCAUACUGAUGGUUGGAGGCUAUUCGGAGUCUAUACUUCUCCAAGACGCGAUCAAACAGCAGUUUCCGCAUGUGAAAAUCCUCGUGCCACCAGAAGCGGGGCUUGCUGUUCUUAAGGGUGCAGUUAUUUAUGGCCAUUGUCCGUCGGCUAUUACAGAGCGUGUUUCAAAGUAUACCUACGGUAUAAGUACUACAGAAACAUUUGACAAGAAUAAACAUCCAUGGUCUAAACGGGAGGUCUUUUCCGAUGGAACAAUUCGAUGUGUAGACGUGUGGUCCGUUAUAGUUACAGCUGGCGAUAAGCUUGUCGUCGGAGAAGCCCAGAACGAAAGGGAGUACUUUCCUGUUUAUGAGGAUCAGGAGUUCUUACAUCUUCCAAUAUUUGUUACGAGUGACAAAGAUCCUAAGUUUACAACAGAUGUUGGUAGCAAAAAGGUUGGCUCUGUUACCGUGCCAGUGUCCGGGAGUGGUACUGAUAGAUCAGUAGGAGUUCGAAUGAUUUUCGGCGGAACCGAAAUUACAGUUGAAUGUGUGGAAAAAGCAACAGGUAAAAUCACACAGUUGGAUAUAGCCUUUCUGAUGUAAUAUGUCAUAAGAAAAUAACUGUUUAGGGGGGCGGAGUACUUUGAUACCGCUUUGACCGUUAUGGUUUAAUGUAAUAGAUUUUGCGCGUGUAUGAAACAUAUAUCUCAGAAAACUCAUCUUUCAUACUCGAUGUUCAGUCCGGUUUAUUCUUGAUAUUAAGCAUCCCGUAUGGUUGAAUAUGCCCAUGUUGUCAUUCCGCUCCUAUGCUUUGUGAAUGAGGUAAUGAACUGUGAUGAACAAUAACGUUUUGUAUAACGUGUCUUUUAUGCUCGUAUUAUCCUUAUUCGAUAAAACUGUUAAGUAUUCUUAUUAAGCGGGUAUGCACAUUUUGUCGUUCUGUUCAAAUUAUUUAAGGGAGGUAACCAAUAGGACUUGUUUAAAAGCGUUUAUACGAUUCGCAUAUUGACAAAGAAUUGUCUCCAAGUGAAUAUUCAUAAGUCUAUUGUAAGUUUUUUUCAUAACAACCUUUACAUCCCCAAUGGGCAAAGCUCAUAUCCACUUAAGAUAUAGACAAUUACAAUUCAAAUCUAGUUUAUAGAAUAUACAGUUUCGAAACCUAAGGAAGUAACGUUAUUUAAUCUACGUUCCUUUAGUAAAUGGAUUAAACUAAGACGUUUGCAGAGACAAAUUGAACCAUUUUAUAUCAAAGCAUAUAACAUCUAGUAUACAUAUAUAUUUAACAAUUUAAGGCAUAGAAGGAUUUUGAAAUAACAAUAUAUUGGCCAGAGUAUAAACUUUUUCGAUAAAUUGUGGUGUAUUAGGCAAAUUUCCGACCAUUAGGCAAGGGUCACACUUUGAAUUCAAAGGUGUUGGUACACUCGUUCACCAUUUUAAGUCGCGCCAAAAUAUAUGGCUAUCUUUAAGGUUAGAGUCAUGGAUGACAUUUGUUAGUUUUUUUGUCAUGUCUGUCAAUAAACACUGUUUGAAAAUAUUGACGCUGUAAUUGUCUGUCAUUCAAGUAAUAUUUAAAGAAAUUGUUGGUUCGAUUGGUUUUGCAUAACACAUGUAUAUAGAGUUGUUUGCAUUUGUUAUCAGUUCGCUCUAGUGAAGCAAGUUUUUAUGUCUGACAUUUUGCCACUACGCAAUGGAAAAACAAUUGUCACACAUACCUUCAAUAGUAUAAAGACUUUUUCUUGUUGUCGAUGUCUUAAUAAAACAUAAUUAUAUGCCCUCUUGGUGUUCUUAUGUGAUGUCUGUGUGUGUCUUUUGAAUUAUUAUUCCAAUCUGUGAUGUGUUGAUGAUGAUAGUGUUCAUGUAUGUCUAUCGGUUCGUCCUUUCGCCAUUCCUAUGUUUGUAUAGCAACGAUACCACAUGAAAUACACCGAGGCAAAUACUCCUUUUUAGUUUUGAGUAAUUAAUUUUUUAUCAAGUAAUUAAUGAAUACAAGCAUAGCGAAAUGUGUACAUGGCAUAGUUAAUAAUGUUAUUUAAUAAAUGUAAAAGCGGGUAUUAACGAUUGUACACACACAUAACUAAAAAAAAAGAAUACACUAUCCAAAAGAAGUAGUACAACAUAAUGAGCAAAGGUAUAGUUUUAUUCUAUUGCAAACAAUUUUCUGCAGUACAGAUAAUCCCUUUUGUACAAUGUUGGGGAAAUCUCCAUUAAUCUAUGCAGAUUCGUUCAUACAUCACAUAUACACACCUUUAGUUCCUCAACAAAUAAAUGUGUCGGAAUCGGUAUUUACUUAUUCAAGAUACAUUUUAUUGAAGAAAACUAACAAACAUGAUAACUAGUACAAUAACGAUUGCUUAUUAAUAUCAAUAACAUGCAUCGUUCAUAUUCAUAAUUAUGUUGCGAAGAAAAACUUGAUAUUAAAAUCGUGUAUACCCUUUAAAAGAUAUUAAGAAUGUAUUGAUGUUGAGAAAAGUCAUAUAUUCAAUUGUUAUGUUAAUAUAAUUAAAUAUAAUAUAAUUUGAAAAAUAUAUCUUGGCUGUGUACAUUUUUAUUUGUUAUUCAAUUUUGCAUGAGAUGUAUGUUAAUUAGUUGCAAUUAUAUAUGUACAUGUUCCAUUUAAUGAUUAAAUCACUAAAAAUGCUUGCAAAUUUAAA